CCAAAAUCUCAGCUCGGACGCAAACCGCCGCAUCGCUAACAAAAAUAUUUACAAAUUUUCAUUGCCUUACUUUUACCCAAUAGAUUUUAGAGCAAUUGCCAUCCCAGCGCAACCAUGACGAUGCGACCUGAUGACCACCGAAGGAAAUGGGACAAGAACGAGUACGAGAAGCUGGCGGCGGAGCGGCUGCUCAACCAGGUGGCACCCAAGGAAGAAGAGCCCGUACAGCGGGAGAACCUCAAGCGACGCGACUACAAGGUGGACCUGGAUAGCAAGCUGGGCAAGAGCGUUGUCAUCAACAAGAACACACCCACCUCGCAAUCCGGUGGCUAUUACUGCAACGUUUGCGACUGCGUGGUCAAGGACUCCAUCAACUUCCUGGACCACAUCAAUGGCAAGAAGCACCAGCGCAAUCUGGGCAUGUCCAUGAAGGUGGAGCGGAGCACCGUCGACCAGGUGAAGGAGCGCUUCCAGCAGAACAAGAAGAAGAUGGAGGAGAAGCAGAAGGACUACGAGCUCGAGCGCCGCCUGCGGGAGGCCAAGGAGGAGGAGGAUCGCUACAAGGAACACCGCAAGGAGAAGCGGAAAGAGCGGAAGCGCAAGGCCGAGGACACGGACUUCGAGUCCGGCGGCAUGCCCGACGACAUGGUCGCCAUCAUGGGCUUCUCCGGCUUCGGUGGAUCAAAGAAGAACUCGUAGGAACUAAGUGUUGAACUGCCCCUCCCCUCCAAUUUUAGCUGUACCGUGAAAUAGAAACUAACCAAAAGACGA